GAUCUGAUUGAAAAAGUAAAAUAAUAACUUAUCUCCUACUUCGUCAGUGGGCAGAUAUAAAUAGGUCAAGAAGGAAAACAGAUUGCCACUUAAUUUCUUUACGGAGAAAAAUGUUUUCUUCAGUUUUGUUUUGUUGUACUGUGUUGGUCUUAGCCAAUGAGGCUACACAAGAAAAGGAGGCUGAACAGAGAUACUGGGACGUUAUUAAAAAAGACGUCGAAAGAGAUCUGAAUACAGAAAAAGCUGAAAGGAAUUUCUGGGACAUAGUUAAAGAGCGGGCUGAAAGGAAUUUCUGGGACAUAGUGAAAGAACGGACUGCAAGGAAUUUUUGGAGAUUAUCACCAGAAGAACGUAAAAGGGAUCUGGAAAACGAGGACAACUUAGAUCUAGAGGGAUGGAUUGUAGUCCCAUAUAGCGUCAGGACUGAAAGGAAUUUCUGGAGAUUAUCACCACAAGAACGUAAAAGAGAUCUCGAAAGGGAGACUGAAUGAUCACCCUUCGACAUAAUGAACAUUUAGUACAACAGCCUGACUGGAUAUGCAAUAUCAAGACCUAAAACAGAAAGUAAAUCAUUCUAUUCUGGCAGUGAUCGGACAUUAUAAUUUACAUUCGAUAAUAAACUAAAACAAAAACAAAAAAAUAUGCAACAUAAAAAUUAUAGAUAACUAUUUUGUUUUUGGUUAAUUAAAUGUGUGAUUUGUUUGUGUGUGCGUAUUUGUACUAAUGAGUGUUUAUGUGGUUUGUUAGUGUGUGGAUAUUAGAAUUAGAAUUAUAACUUUUUUUUUACAAAGAUUAUAUCAACUCACUGUCUUACUGUCUGUCUGUCUGAUAUGAUGUGUGAACAUGUUAAAGUAAAAGUAUUAUGGAUAUAAAUCUAUAAGAAUUUCGAUUCUAUACAUUUUGAAUCUAAAUAAAAUUGUAAAAAUUG